AUGAGGACAUGGGCCUUGAUCCUGACUGGCCUGUAUGUUCACAUAGUGCUUUUCUAUUCCAUAUUUGACAUUUACUUCACCUCCCCGUUGGUACAUGGUAUGACACCACAUGUGUCCAACGAAUCACCUCCAGCCAAGAGGCUCAUUCUGUUUGUGGCCGAUGGCCUCAGAGCUGACAAAUUUUUUGAGGUUGAUGAUGAUGGCAAAUCAAGAGCUCCAUAUCUCAGAUCUGUAAUAGAUAAUAAAGGAGCAUGGGGUGUGUCUCACACACGAGUGCCCACAGAGUCUAGGCCUGGUCACGUUGCACUUAUUGCUGGUUUUUAUGAGGAUGUCAGUGCAGUUGCUAAAGGCUGGAAGGAAAAUCCUGUAGAGUUUGACUCUGUAUUCAAUGAAAGUCGCUAUACAUGGUCCUGGGGCAGCCCAGACAUACUACCAAUGUUUGCGAAAGGGGCCAGUGGUGACCAUGUGCUGACUGACCAGUACCCACCUGAACUGGAGGACUUUGCGGACUCCAAUUCCUCUAAGCUAGACACAUGGGUGUUUGACAGAGUCAAGGCAUUAUUAAAGACAGGGAAAAGUGACAGAAAAUUGAUGGAACAGUUAAAUAAGGACAAGAUUGUCUUCUUCUUCCAUCUAUUGGGGAUAGACACAAACGGUCAUUCUCACAAACCUCAGUCCAGGGAAUAUUUGGAGAAUAUUAAACUGGUGGAUUCAGGAAUCAAGGAAAUGACUGAGUUGAUAGAACAGUAUUAUGAUAACGAUGGGAGAACGGCGUACCUGAUGACAGCCGACCACGGCAUGACAAACUGGGGUUCUCAUGGAGCUGGACAUCCCCAUGAGACCUUGACCCCACUGGUUGCUUGGGGAGCUGGGGUCAGAAAACCAGUUACUGGAAAAGAAAGAGUUGAUCAGGACUCCUACUCUGAGGACUGGAAUCUCAGACACCUGAAGCGCUCGGAUGUACAGCAGGCAGAUAUUGCUCCACUGAUGGCCUGUCUAAUUGGCAUUCCUUAUCCUGUCAAUUCUGUGGGUAUCCUCCCUAUCGACUACCUUGAUGCCGAUGAUCACCAGAAAUUUCUGAGUCUCUAUGCAAAUGCAAAACAGAUUCUGUCUCAAUACCAGAUUAAAAUGGAACAAAGAAAACAGACAACCUUAUCGAUGACCUUCAGACCCUACAGUGAGUUGACGCCUGUCCUGCAAGCUGAAAUGAUAAGACACAUUAAUAAGCUGACUCAGGCGGGUAAUUACCCUACAGCAGUCAUCUGA